AGACCCUUGGUAUGGAGAGAAAGCGCUACAGGGAUUGGUUGGCAGAUCCAGGUGGCAAGCACUGACAGCCCCAUGUCACAUGAUGGUCUUUUUUUUUCAUUGCUUCUCAGCAGUACUGAAUGCAAUCAUCCCGCAGCUCCCAAGAUUGUCCUCCAGGGAGGUGGAGAAUAAGCAGAGACAGAGUUACUACAAAGGAAUAUUCACUUUACAGCCCCCCCCCCUCUUAUUUCUUCCUGCCGAUCUGUCUAAUCAUUUUUGGCUGCCGAGAGCCAAUAGUCAGGUGGUUGAAGACACACGAGAUCUACUUAAGAAGAGAGAAUCUCCGCUGGUAAACAGACCUCAUUCAGCUUUCCUAUUGCCAUGAUCCCUUUAGCGUCUGCUGUCAUUUCAGUAGAAGAGACAGUCAACAAUACUGAAGAAUGCAACCGUUUGUAGGCUCUAACAUUUUAAAAACUCUUUAAAUGGAUCUGACUAUAAAAGUAUCAGAAUUGCCACGGGCAUGCGAAACCAAUAAGGUGUCGUUUUUGAGCUGGAUGGGACUAAACAAUAUGAUGGCCCGCAUGUUGAAGUCCAAUCUCCGUAUGCAGCAAGUGACAGCCUUCUGGGUUGGUCUGGAAAAAGUGGAUUGCUGUUUUUAACAUCCGGCCGACAGCCUUGUAUCUCGAGUGUCUCAUAUUUUUAUAAGGGUUUUUGGGAAAACCUGGAGCUGGAGAGAAGCUAAAGAUGCAGUCCAGUUGGCCUUCACCGGACUUUGACCCAAGCCAAAUCCGCCUGAUCGUUUACCAGGACUGUGAGAAACGAGGCCGAAAUGUCUUGUUUGACUCCAAUACCAAGCGCAAGACAGAUGACUUGUCUGUAUCGAAACUUGUGAUUGAUGCUCAGGUGAAGGUGUUGGGGAAGUGCUGCCAGCUCAAGCCAGGAGGGGACAGCUCUACAUCCUUGGACAGCACAACAAGCUCCCUGGCAUCUGACACAAAAGAGCAGUGCCCAAAGUACCAGGGAUCUCGGUGCCCUGCUGAUGCCAGCAUGCUUGGAGAGAUGAUGUUUGGGUCAGUGGCCAUGAGUUACAAAGGGUCCACUCUGAAAAUACACCAGAUACGAUCUCCUCCCCAGCUUAUGCUUAGCAAAGUAUUUACUGCACGGACUGGGAGUAGCAUCUGUGGAAGUCUUAACACACUUCAGGACAGCUUGGAAUUCAUUAACCAAGAUCAUAACACUUUAAAGCCAGACAACUGCAGCAUUAUGAAUGGACUUCUUGGGAAUAUAGGUCUGUCUCAGCUUUGCAGCCCCAGACGGGCAUUCUCAGAGCAGGGCCCGCUGCGUCUGAUCAGGAGUGCCUCUUUCUUUGCAGUACACAGCAAUCCUAUGGACAUGCCUGGCAGAGGAAUCAAUGAUGACCGAGACAGUGGCAUAGCAAGAUCCGCUUCCCUCAGCAGCCUUCUUAUAACACCAUUUCCUUCGCCAAGCUCCUCGCUUAACAGCAGUUGUGCCAGUAGUUACCAGCGUCGAUGGCGUCGUAGUCAAACUACAAGUCUGGAAAAUGGAGUCUUUCCCAGAUGGUCAAUAGAAGAAAGUUUUAAUAUGUCAGACGACAGCUGUGGACCCAAUCUGGGAGUUGCUCGAAAAAAGAAAAUUGCCAUUGGGGUUAUAUUUUCACUGUCAAAAGAUGAGGACGAAAAUAACAAGUUCCACGAGUUCUUCUUCUCCCAUUUUCCACUUUUUGAGAGUCACCUGAACAAACUCAAAUGUGCAAUAGAGCAGGCCAUGAAAAUGAGCCGCAGAUCUGCAGACCCGAGUCAGAGAAGCUUAGCGUACAACAAAAUUGUAGAUGCCCUAAAUGAUUUCAGAACAACAAUAUGUAAUCUGUACACAAUGCCGAGGAUCCCAGAGCCUGUCUGGUUAACCAUGAUGUCCGGGGUGCCAGAGAAAAACCACCUCUGCCAGCGCUUCAUGAAGGAAUUUGUCUUUCUGAUGGAACACGCUUCAAAAAACCAGUUUCUACCAGCUCUGCUCACGGCUGUCCUCACAAACCAUCUGGCUUGGGUCCCUACUGUCAUGCCUAAUGGUCAGCCACCCAUAAAGAUUUUUCUUGAGAAGCAUUCAUCACAGAGUGUGGACAUGCUGGCAAAGACUCACCCAUAUAACCCUUUAUGGGCACAACUAGGAGACUUAUAUGGAGCUAUAGGAUCUCCGGUUCGGCUUUCUCGGACUGUGGUUAUUGGGAAGCGACAAGACCUUGUACAGAGGUUGCUCUAUUUCCUCACAUACUUCAUCAGGUGCUCUGAACUUCAGGAGACUCAUCUUUUGGAAAGUGGAGAGGAUGAGGCUAUCGUCAUGCCCGGUACAGUCAUUACUACCAUGCUAGAGAAAGGAGAGGUUGAGGAAUCGGAUUAUGUCCUGAUUACAAUGCACAAAAACAAGGGCUGCUUGUUAACUUCAGAUCCAGACGAAAGCAAACCACUUGGAAAUAGGUGCCAGUGCUGCCAGGGUCCUCUUACUGACCAGCAAAAUAAUAACGAUGAAGCCACUCAAGAAAACAAGGAUGCCCAUAGCGCAAACAAAGAUAUAAAGGAAGCUGCUUUGAAAGGGAGCCAUUCCUUUCCCACAGCCACUUGCCGGGAAGAAACCGCUUAUGCUAAACUGUACAAAGAUAAAUCACUUACUUGCUUAGAUACUAAGAUAGAGACCGUAAUUAACACAGGAUCAGCUGCCCUAGAUAAAAAUGCUCUGGCAGUAACAGGCCUUGAGCCAGAGUGUAAAGAAGAGAAGGGUGAGGAAUUUAUGGACUCUGAAAGCUUGUCAGUCAAAGGAAUACAGACAAAUGAAAUAUCUGUAGAGAAAAAGCCUCCAGACAAGACCCAGUCAGCAGCAAUGCCUUGCAGUUCUGGCCAUCCAUUGAACAAGGUGACAUUUUUGAUUGGUGAUUCUAUGUCACCUGACUCCGAUAUAGAAAUGAAAAGCCAAACUGUAGCUGAUCAGAUUAGCAAGCACCACCUUAAACCAGGGCAGGAGGACUGGACAAUUGAAAGGAAACAGGCGGCUGAGGACCAAAAAAACAGUGGUGCAUCUAGUGAAAACCUCCUCAGAGCUGCAGGCAAAGCUCAGAACUGGAAAUGUUUUCAUCCAGAGAUGUUUGAUGAGUAUUUUCCUGAGGAUGGCUCGAUUGAAGCCAAGAUUAUUGAUGAUAUUCCAAGUGAGGAGAUUAAAGACAGAUCUGAUAGUGACAGUAGUUUAGGAAUUCCUAACAGCUUUUCUAAGGAGGAGAACACAGAUUGUAAUUUACUGACUUCUGUUCAUGUGAAUUUGUGUAAAAAGUGCUCUGCUGAGCAGGACCAAAGAGACAAAGUCUCUGUAUCUGUCCCCCAUGGGGAUAAAGACUCUGAAAAGAAAGCUGCAUCUGGCACUGACUGGGACAUUCCAAGGAAUGAAAGUUCAGACAGUGCUUUGGGUGAUAGUGAGAGUGAAGACACAGGCCAUGAGCUUCUCAGGCCCACUAUUCAUUAUUAUGGGCCCGAUCAAGAAGAUUGGAUGGAAGAAGAAGAGAUGGCUUUUCCUGGGUCAAAAUUGGUAGAAGUCAAUUCUGUGAAACCCAACAUUGCCAAUUUUGGAAGAUCAUUGCUGGCUGGCUACUGCUCAUCCUAUGUACCAGACUUUGUUCUGCAAGGGAUAUCAAAUGAAGAGAAGCUGAGGCAGUGUCUGGUGUCAGAUCUAUCACAUGCUGUACAGCAUCCAGUUUUGGAUGAGCCCAUUGCAGAGGCUGUCUGCAUUCUUGCAGAUGUUGAUAAAUGGACAGUACAAGUGGCCAGUAGCCAGAGAAGGACUACUGAUAAUAAACUGGGCAAGGAGGUGCUGGUAUCCAGCCUGGUCUCCAGUUUGCUUCAUUCCACCGUCCAACUGUACAAACACCACUUGUCUGCAAACUUUUGUAUCAUGCACCUGGAAGACCGACUCCAAGAACUCUACUUCAAAAGCAAAAUGUUGUCUGAAUAUCUGAAAGGUCAAACAAGAGUUCAUGUUAAGGAACUGAGCUUGGUGCUGGGAAUUGAAUCCAGUGAUCUUCCAUUGUUGGCAGCUAUCGCUAGCACCCACUCUCCAUAUGUUGCACAGAUACUUCUUUAAAGGAAAUACAUUGGCAGUGGGUGCCUAUAAAUGCGAAGGACGGAGUCCACACUCCCAGCUUAGUCUCGGUUUUCUAAAUGAAAUCACACCACCGAUCUACAAACUUGCAAUCAGAGGGGAGGAGGAUGCGGCUCUCAUAUAGUCGGAAUCAUGCUUUUUGCUCACCAAUAAGCGGACAGGAAUUUACUUUUUUAAUAGAGAGGCCAAUAAACAAAUGACUCUCCUUUUCCUAAAAGCGGCGGACGAUUACUAUUUUUAAUCUCAUUUCACAGACUAUUUUCCUGCCUCUGGAAAUAGUUUUUUUUU